GAGCGGGGCGCGCCGUCGGUGGCUCUGGGCUGCGCGCUGCGCCCUCGCUGCCCAGGCCGCCUCGGCCCGCUGCCCCUCGUUCCCCGGCGGCCCCUCGGAAGCGCCUCGGCCCCCGACGGCCGGGAUCCACGGGCGGUGGCGCAGCGAGCUAUGGGGCGUGGGGGCGCCCCGCAGGCGGGCGCGGGCCGGCCGGGCCUCGGCGCCGCGUGCUGAGGGGAGCGCCGCGUCGCGUCGCUGCGGGGUCGUUGCGCGGCCGCUUCGAGCGCCUCGGCUGCCGCGGCCUCUCCGACGUCUGCCCUUCGUCUUCCUUGGCCGGCGGGAGCAGCCUCGGAACGCGCAGUGAGCGGGCGCGGGUCUCCGCCGAGGCGGCGGGCAGCAGCCGGCGGUCCGCUUUUGUCUCUUGUGCUGUGUCCAGCACCGCAGAGGCGUCAGCGCCAAAUUCCCGGGGGCCGAGAAGAUCCAAGGCUGCCUUUCUUGUCCUGCAGCUGCUGCUUUUUUUUUUCUUUCUUUUUAAUUUUUUUUUUCCUGUAUGCCUAAAGACUAAGCCUUUGUCCUGGAUUUUUUUUUUUUCUCCAUGUUUAAAUAUCUGCAUUGAAUGAACUAAUAAAGAUGGAUAAGAAAUCAUUUGAAACCGUGCUGGAUGAAAUUAGAAAGGCUGUAUUGACUGAGUACAAAUUAAAAGCUAUUGAAUAUGUUCAUGGAUACUUUUCUAGUGAACAGGUUGUCGAGUUACUGAGAUACUUUUCCUGGGCUGAACCACAGCUCAAGGCAAUAAAGGCUUUACAACAUAAAAUAGUGGCAGUUCCAGCAUCAAAAAUGGUUAAUAUUCUCAACUGCUUCACAUUCAGUAAAGAUAAACUUAUUGCCCUGGAAAUCUUAGCUUCCAACAUUGUUGAUGCUCAGAAUUAUCGCCUUAUUGAAGAUCUGUUCAGAAUUAAUAUGUCAGAGAAGAAAAGGUGCAGAAGAAUUCUUGAACAGGCUUCAAAAACGGGUUGCAAGGCUCCUCAUGCUAUGAUAUCAUCCUGUGGCAUGAUUCCUGGCAACCCUUAUCCCAAGGGCAAACCAAGCCGCAUAAAUGGAAUUUUCCCAGGAACCCCUAUCAAAAAGGACACAGAAGAAUGUACUAAUGAAGGAAAGGGAAUAGCAGCCCGUAUACUUGGACCAUCCAAACCAGCUCCAUCAACCUACAAUCCACACAAACCAGUUCCAUACCCCAUCCCACCAUGUCGGCCACAUGCAACUAUUGCACCAAGUGCUUACAACAAUGCUGGCUUAGUUCCAAUGGCUAAUGUCAUAGCUCCAGGCUUACCAGCUCCUCCACCAUACGCUGCUAAUCAAGUGGUUUCAGAAAAUGAGGACCUUUCCAGCCAGGCAAAACCUUCCCAAAAUCAAGCUUUUUCUGCACAAGCGAAUCAGCUCUUUACUCCUCAUGGUUCUAAUCCUUCAACACCUGCUGCUACUCCAGUCCCUACCCCAUCACCUGUCAAGGCAAUAAGCCAUCCAUUAGCACCUGCAACUCCACUCGUCUCUGGGAUGAACAUGUCUACCCCUGUCCUUCCUGUUUUCCCAGGACAGGUCUCCUCUUCCAUCCAUACAUCUCAGCCAUCCACCCCAACCCCUACUGUCAUCAAAUCUCUUUCAUUGCCUGGUGUUCCUGUCACAUCUGUUCACAAUGCAACCUCUACUCCUGUCCCUGCGGUUUUUUCUGGGCUGGCUUCUAUACCCACUGCUACGCCAGCUCCACAAGGUUCUUCCACACCGUGCGCCACACCUGUGCCUAGUGAAGCUUUCGCAUCUGCUACUGCACCAUUUGCUGGCCUCCCAUUUUCUGCAACCUCUUCAAUUGCUUCCGCUAAUAAUCCCGCUCCAUUGUCAUCAGUUUUUGCUGGCCUCCCUUUGUCCUUGCCGCCCAAUGCCCAAGGGAUUUCUAGUCCUGUUCCAUCUACAAUUGCUAAUUCUCCUGCCACUUCCAUUCCUGGUUCACUUAGCUUGCCUAACCCAAUUUUGUCUGUCUUAAAGGGAUUUCUGACAUCAAAUGACACCUCGUUAAUCAAUUCAUCUGCUUUACCUUCUGCUAUGACAAGUGAGCUUGUGUCUCUAUCUUCUCUUGCUAAUCAAAACUCUGACCCUCCCACUUCCUCUGUCAACAAAUGUUACACUCCAUCAGCCACCCCCACCCCGCAGCGUUCCUCCACACCUGGGCUGGCCAUUUUCCCAGGUCUUCCAUCCCCAUCUGUAGCCAAUUCUAGUUCCACUCCUCCAACAUUGCCUGCACAGUCACCUUUAACCACUUCACCGUCAAUCAUGCCAGUCAACUGUGGCUCAUCAGCCUCCCUCUUGCAUGGCACAAGCCCUACUAACCCUGAUCAGCAGCUCUCGUCAGCCCCAGCUGCCACAAGUAUCCCAGUUCUGGUCAAAACAGAACCCAUGAGUCCUACCCUCUCGGCCUUCAAAGGUCCUUCUCAUUCAGCUGGCCCUUCUCAUGGUGCUAUAGGACUGUCAGCACUUGGGCGUGCAUACACCUCAGCAGCUUCAGUGCCAGUCAGUUUACCCAGUUCCCUGAACCCAGCGCUAUCAGGUCUCUCCUCUUUGAGUGGUCCUCUAAACAAUUCCAGUUCUCUGGCUUCCAUGUCCCUUGCCCCACAUGGCUCCUCUGCUCCCAUUGCCCCUGUGUUCAAUGGCCUUCCUCCUUUUACAUCUCUAACCAGUAACUUUGCUUUUACUGGUAAUCCAGCACUUACACCACCUGUCACUCUCCCAGGGUCUUUGUUAGCUAAUCCGUCUACAACUGCUUCAGCUGUGUCUGCCCCUCAUGUGAGUUCCACUGCCGCCGUACUCUCAGGACUCGCCGCCUCAGCAACAGUCUCUGCUCCACCCUUCUCGCUUAACUUGUCCAGUGCCGUCCCUUCCCUUUUUUCUGUUGCCCAGGGACCUCUGGGAUCAUCAAACCCAUCCUUCCCUGGUUUUCCUGUCUCUAACACACCCUCUGUCACUCCUGCUCUCCCUUCUUUCCCUGGCCUCCAGGCAUCUUCUGCAGUAGCAGCAGUUGCACCAUUGCCGGCAGCUGCCACAGCCCCAUCUCCGGCUCCGGUCCUGCCAGGGUUUGCCUCGGCCUUUAGCUCAAACUUCAACUCUGCACUUGUUGCACAGGCUGGCUUGACUUCUGGACUACAGACACCGGGAAAUGCAGUUUUUCCUGGUCUUUUAUCUCUCCCUGGUAUCCCUGGCUUUCCCCAAAGUGCCGCACAAUCUUCCUUGCAGGAAUUGCAGCAUAGUGCGGCUGCACAGUCAGCACUACUACAGGCACAUUCUGCUUCUGCUCUGGAGAACUAUACAGCUCAGCCUGAAGGUUUUGCUAACUAUCCGUCAACACCAGGAACACCAUUUUCAUUGCAGACCAGUCUGCCCCAGAGUGGAUGGCAAUAAAUACCAGACAUUUUUAAAGACUGCAGUGGUUGCUUGACAGAGCCUGAUCCUAUUCACUUUGAAGGCUGUCUCUGCGUUAGUGGGAGCAUGGUCUGAAUUGGGGAAAGAGGGGGAAAACAUGAGGGUAAAAAGAUUCCAGGAGGCUGUGUCAGAUGUCAAACCUGAUUUGUGAUUGCAUUUAAUUGAUUCAGGGUCUGAUCCUGUGAAUUGCUGAGCAUUCUUGACUCUCCUUUUAGCUUAUGAGUUGAAUGUUUGGUGUCUUACGCGAUCAGUAACAUUCAAACAUGUUUAUGUAAAUAGAACAACUGGCUGUCAAACUAAACAGGGAGAACAAAUAUACUUAAUAGUGUGCAUAAGCACCUAUCCUUCUGUUAUGUUUUAUGGUAUAUGUGGUUAAUAUAGAAUGAGAUCUAGACUGAAACUAGAUACUUAAAGCUGUAGACGAUCUUUCGUCUACAUGCACACUUCUUGUGUGUGCAUAGAUCAAGGUCAGUUUAUGGUUCUUCAGAUCUUUUCUUCGUAUGUGUGAGGAUCUCCUGUUAGCAUCAGCAGUAUGUUAAGGGAGGCUAGAUCAGAGGGUGUGGGGGGUUUCUUAUGCUCUGAAAUAUUGUCAUGGGCUUGCUGCUGAAUUGAGUACUCCUUUGUCUGAAUCUGAAUGGGAGAGCUAGGAAAUAAUGCUGUACUGUAUUUGGGUAGAAGUGGAUUGUGUUUUACUGGAGUAUGGUUUAGCUAGCUGAGAGUAUGUCUUUCCAAAGUACAUAAAAGCAUUUUGAUUUGCCUCUAAGAUGAUGUUCCAUAACAUUCUCCCUGCCCCUACACCUCUCUGUGAAUGAAAUAAUUGUACUGCGGAUAGGCUGCCUAUCCGGCACUUUUGACUGCAGACUUUUGUGAAUGUUUACAGACAUGGCUCAAGUUCUUCUUUCCCUUAUACUCAUAAACUCACUGGUUCUCUAUAUGCUUUUCGGCUAUAAACCACAAUGUGAUGGUGCUUAUGUUAUCCUGUGAAUAUAAGUGGGAGCAGAAUUUGGACCAUGGAUUUUUUUAGUAUUUUUCCUUGGAAAACAUACAUGAUUUUGAAGGCCUAUAGCUAAAUUAACUGUAUUGGUUAGGAAGGGUUAUGACGCAGCAUAGAGAAAGGUCUUGCUUUGUUAGUGAAAUUCAGUUAUGCACUCUUCUAAUAAUGUUAGAACCUGUGGCAAUGUGUAACACAUCAUUGAAUAUCAUCUAUUUAAGACAAACUCUUGAUGAUGUCCUAGAGGCAAUAGAGAUGAAUGGUAUUCAAUCCUGUGAUUAAAUGAAAACGUAGAGGAUACUAUACUGUAGAAAAGCUCUGCACCUAGAGUUUUACUUUUUUAAAGAUGAAUUCUGCUGGGAGAUGUUGCUAAUGUAUUUUCUUUCAAGAUGUGAACAAAGUUUUUUAGAACAUUAACAGAAAUUCCUGUAUUGGUUUUUAACACAACUUUUUUAAAUAAAAGGUUUACAGUCAUGGCAAAAAGGCUUUGCUGACUAUUUACAUAUUUGCCUAAAAUACAGAUGAAUAAACUUGUUUUUACUAAGACA